UACGGGGACAUCACAAGGGCUGGUUGCCAGGGGAAACCCACGUUUUCGCUACAACACGUACAGGAUGACGUAUACGAACUGCACCUACGUGGCAGGAAAUCUGGAAAUUGUUUUCCUCGACAUGGAAAAGGACCACGACUUUCGGUUUUUGGAAAAUAUCCAGGAAGUGACAGGAUACGUGCUGAUUGUGGGAGUUUACGCGCAGUAUAUUCCUUUAACGAACUUGAGAAUAAUUCGCGGAAAGACUCUGUACGACCACCAGGGAGUCGGGUACAGCCUGUUUGUAGCGUUAAAUCAUUUAAUCAACUCGACGGAUGUCGGAUUACGCGAACUCAGAUUUAAAAAUCUACAAGAAAUCCUUCGUGGAAAAGUUUAUUUUCACAAUAACAACCUUCUGUGUUAUGAAAACACCAUAGACUGGACGGACAUCAAUCCUGGACUGGUUCCGCCCGUUAUCUUCAAACAUGACAACAACGACCACAAGCGACAAUGUGGUGAGUGUGACCCAGCCUGCUAUCAGCCGACGACCAACUCUCGACAUUGUUGGGGGGCCGGGCCAGACAUGUGUCAGAAACUAAGCCAAGGCGAAGAGUGUGCAGGGUCAUGUGACGGCCGUUGCUAUGGGAAACUGCCAAAUCAGUGCUGCCAUGCUGAAUGUGCGGGUGGUUGCAGUGGACCAAAGAAAACCGACUGUUUAGCAUGCCGAAAUUUCAUGAAUGACAGAGCAUGUGUGCCGUACUGCCCCCAACAGUACAAAUAUGACCUUGACCUCGACAAGAUGGUGCCCAAUCCAGACGCCAAGUAUACUAUUGGUUCUCUCUGUGUGAAAAAAUGUCCAGAUCAUCUGCUGUUGGACCGUGGCGCCUGUGUCAGGUCAUGUCCGGAAGGAAAGACACAGUCGGCCAAUAACACGUGUGAGCCGUGUGUAGGAGCCUGCCCGCGAGCAUGUCGGGGUUUGAGCGAUGACGACUUCAUCAAUGCUCACAACAUCAACAACUUCUCUGAGUGCACGUCUGUCGAUGGCAACAUCAGAAUUCUCAGAACUACGUUUCGCGGAGAUGAGCACCGCAACAUCCCUCCGCUUCACCCGAGUAACCUUACUGCACUGAAGGAUAUCCGCGAGAUAUCGGAGUAUCUUGUCAUCCAAUCAGAAACCGAUGAUUUCACCGACUUGUCCUUUCUGUCCAAUCUGGAAAUCAUCCACGGUCGAGCUUUAUCUUAUGGAAACGCACUGAGUAUUAUGAUGACGUCACUGGAGCGACUAGAGUUGACCACGCUGCGAAUCGUUAAGUAUGGCGACAUCACGAUCGCAGCCAAUCGCAAGCUGUGUCUGGUAGACAGAGUGAACUGGAGUAAAAUCCUCUACAGUCCGAAACAGAAAGUGAACAUCAAAGGCAACAGAAACCAGACGGAGUGUGUGAAGGAGAACAUUGUGUGCGAUGCGGAGUGCAAGGACGGAUGCUGGGGGCUAGGGCCCGACAUGUGCGUUAACUGUAAACACCUGCAGCUAGCCGGAGAGAGGAAAUACUGUGUGGCGUCGUGUUCGGACGUCUCCGGAUAUUACCAGGACAACUUCAGCAUGUGUCAGAUGUGUAACGUGCAGUGCAAUGGAAGCUGUCGCGGUCCAGACAGUUCCGAUUGCUUUUCAUGUCGUAAUGUGACGAUGAUUCGACCGGGCAAGAGUAACGCAUGUCUUGCCGUUUGUCCGGACAUGUUCUUCCCCGACGACGAUAAAAUCUGUCGGUCAUGUUACAACGGGUGUGCAGAAGGAUGUACGGGCCCCGACACGGAGGUGGCGAAGGGUGGCUGUAACUCGUGUUCUAUCGGGAUCCGUAAACCAGACAACCACAUCUACUGUCUACAGCACGACACGGACUCGUGUGAGGACGGAUACUACCUACAGUCCAUGUCAUUCACAGACAUCGGACCAAUGGCCGGCAAAAAGAUCUGUGAACCGUGUCACAAGUUGUGUCACACCUGUAAUGGCCCCAGUGUUCACUACUGCAACGAGUGCGUGAAAUUCAGUGACGGUGGAAUCUGCGUGGCGGAGUGCCAGGGUUUCAAGUACCCGAACAACGAGACCAAGCAGUGCAUGCAGUGUCACCAGGAGUGUCGUAGUAGUUGUGAUGGGCCCGGCAGUACUCACUGCUUCGCGUGCACCAACAUGAAGGUUUACCUUAACCCAGACGGAAUCAGGUUUAACUGCACUCCGGAAUGCCCUGAAUCUCUGCCCUACCAGGUGAGUGACUCCAACAUCGACGGCACAACAACACACACUGUCUGCGCCGACGCCAAACAUCCUGAGGUUGUCGCCAAACUGAGGAAGAAUGCAGAGGAAGAAAAGAAGAAAAUAGGAAUAAUCUCUGGUGCUGUUAUUGGUGGUCUCUUCCUGGUUGGUAUUGUCGUUGUCGCGUUCGCGUACCACUGGCACAAGAGAGCUAAGGCCCAGGAGAAGACGGUCGCUCUAACUGCCAAACUGUCUGGUUACGAGGAAACCGAGCCACUUACUCCGACGACGGCCAAACCUGAUCUUGCACGGCUUCGACUGAUUAAGGAGUCCGAAUUACGUCGCGGUGGAAUCAUCGGGUCCGGAGCGUUUGGGACUGUGUACAAGGGUUAUUGGAUACCGGAAGGUGAAAACGUCAAAAUUCCGGUGGCCAUAAAGGUAUUGCAGGAGGGGACUCCGAACCAGAACAAAGAGUUGUUGGAGGAGGCGCGCGUGAUGACGUCAGUCGAGUUUCCGUGCUGCGUCCGAAUUCUCGCCGUCUGCAUGACGGCGCAGAUGAUGCUGAUCACCCAGCUGAUGCCGCUUGGCUGUCUCCUUGACUACGUACGGAAAAACAAAGACCACAUCGGAUCAAAAGUCUUGUUGAAUUGGUGUACCCAGAUUGCACGAGGAAUGAUUUACCUGGAAGAAAGGGGUAUUGUUCAUCGUGACCUCGCCGCAAGAAAUGUGCUGGUCCAGACUCCCAAGCAGGUGAAGAUAACAGAUUUUGGACUGGCCAAACUUCUCGAUUACAAUGAAGACGAAUACAGAGCAGCUGGUGGAAAGAUGCCUAUCAAGUGGUUGGCUCUCGAGUGUAUACAGCACAGGAUAUUCACGCACAAGAGUGAUGUUUGGAGUUUUGGUGAGAUUUUUAAUCGUCUGUUUUAAUACCUUCCCUCCGGUCUGUACGAUUAUGACAAUAUCCGUGCAUGUGUACAUGAUCAUGAUUAAAUGUAAGUACAAACAAGUUCAUUUGUUCAGCCUCCGAUCUGUACGAUUGAUGUGUACAUGAUCAUGAUUAAAUGUUGGAUGUUGGAUGCAGAAAGCCGACCGUCUUUCAAAGAGCUGGCAGAAGAAUUUGCCAAGAUGUCACGUGACCCUGGGCGGUAUCUAGUAAUCCAGGGGGAUGUGCUGAAGAAAAUACCCGACCAGACAGAGGUGAUAUCGGAAAUAGAUUUGAUCCCUGGCGAUAGUUCCGAUCUGCACCAGGGCGACGAACUGUUGCGUCUGCCGAGUCACUCAUAUGACAAGAACGACCUUGUUCGCAGUUUGAGUAUUCCAGCAGACGGGCCAGAGGAAGUCAUAGAAGCAGACGACUACCUACAGCCUCAGUCUGAAGCAGAGGCGGAGAAUGAUUCCCUGCCGCAUAUAAAGGGUGCUACCGGGAUGUCUCACUUCGACCCAAAGCUGAUGGCAAAGGAGGAUCACAUGCGUCCUCCGUGGCGAGAGAAGCGUUACGCCCACCUCGAGUCAGCGGCCGAGGCGAGAAACCAACGACUAUCGCCGACCCGCGGACGCGGGGAUUCCGUCAACUCACGAUACAGUUCGGACCCCGUCAAGUUCUUCAAAGACAGAGAUGAAGUAGAUUUGAUGCAGCGUGGUUUUGAUGACCGCCCCUUCUAUAAUGGCAUCCCUGACACAGCCCCAAGCAGUCCCUCCCCUCCCCCACCACUGAAAUCGGAAAUGCCCCUGCAUAUACCGGUGGAUGAAGAUGACUAUCUACAACCGAAAUCCUCGCGUCCAGCAGCGUACAUGGACCUCAGUGAUAGAGCUUAUUACGAGAAUGAGCAGGUGUUUGAAGAAGAACCGGAGGAGAUGGAAACCGACAAGAUGUUGCCGCAGUCGAAUGGUGCUGCGGUAGAAAACCCCGAGUACUUCGACAAAGUGGAGGAAAAUCCAUGGACAGAUUCGCGACCAAAACAAAAUGGACUCCAUCCCACUGUGAUGGUGAAACCCUCCCCCACUGUACCCAACUCUAGUAUACCCUCCUCUAAACCCCGUGAGAGAAACUAUUAUAAUGACGUAGGGAGGUUAGAGGUUAAACCUCUUGUGAUGACAGGAGAAGUCAAUUCUGAAUCAACUGUGUAACAGGAAGUGUGUGAGACUCUGUGAAGAGCCGCAAACUUGACAAAGAAAUGACAAAAGAGAUAGUGAAGUCAUUUGAAGAGGCUCAGAUGUGACAAAUAAAGAAUGAAGUCACUUGUGCAAGGUUUUCUCAGAAACGGAAAUGGACUUUCUGUUAAGAGCUGCCAAAUUGACAGAAAAAUAAAGUCACCCUGUAAAGGGCCACAAACUUGACAAGUAAAAUGGAUGAAGUCACUUAACUGUGGGUGCUAAUCUAUUACAAGAUUGUUGUCAUAAAGUGAGGUGCAAAAUGAACUUAUGAAGUCACUUAAGCGUUUGAUCUCCAUACAUGUAUAUUAAAACUUAACCGAUAGGUAAUAACCAAAUACUUUAUUACUUACAAAACAUGUCAUUAGCAACAUGUAGGCUAAUAAAAUUUAAUUGGGCAUUGUUUGACCUUGCUCUGACCUUAAUGACAGAAUAUGAAUGUUGGACCACACCCACAAAAUCUUAUUCAAACAUUGGAUCAACAUGGACUCAGUCACUGAAGCAGAAUGGAGGAAAUUGUGGUAUCGUCCAGAAAUAUGGUUUCUGUGUGUGUGAUAUAAGGAAAAUGAAUUCAGAAUUGUGCCUGUUAUAUUUUGAAAUAGACGAGCAAUUCUUUAUAUAUAUAUAUAUAUAUAUAUAUAUAUAUUAAUUAUAUAUAUUAAUUAUAUAUAUAUAA